AUGUCCUCCCUCCCCCCGAUUCCUAAUCGUCUGCCGCAGAUAGACCCACCUACUAACGGGAACACUCCCGCUGGCGUGCAGAAGAAGCGCAAGCGCGGGGCUACUCGUCUAUCUUGCGCGGAAUGUCGAAGAUUGAAACUUCGUUGCGAUCGUCAAAUUCCCUGCGGAUCAUGCUUGAAGCGAGGCUGCUCUGCAAUAUGUCCUGAUGGCUCCUUGACUACCGGGAAGGGCAACCGGUUUGUCCUAGCAUCCACCCAGGACCUGCAUGAGAAAAUUGCGCUACUCUCCAACCGCGUGAGGGAAUUGGAAGAUGGGCUACGGUCAUCUCACUCCCUUCAAUCUUGCGACGCGCACCCUCUGCUUUCAGAUGAGCUAUUGCGCAUUAAGGCUCCCAUACAGAGAGAUGGCCUAUCGACUUCGACCACAAAUGGCAAUCUACUUACUGACGACCCAAACGCAGACGUGGUAGACUCGUUCGGCUCAUUGGCUAUCAGCGAUACCGGCCGCACAAAUUACUUUGGUCAGGCAACGAGCUCCUGGUAUUAUCUGACGAACGAAUCAAGCGAAGCAGAAAAGGACGAUCGACUUGAAAAUCUCCGUAGGUUAUUACCGCCGGAAGUCCUAGCCCUCAGCGGCCUGUUCCCUGUGGCACCCAACAUACUGCCAAUAUUUGAUGCCGAGUUGGACCGAAUCCAGCGGCUGCACACUCUUUCCUGGUGUCUUCCACAAGCCCAUGAAGCAGCUGAGCUUCGCUCGAUUUACUUCCGCCAUGCUGCUUGGAUGUACAACCCCAUUACGGAGGCGCAAUUCAACGAGCAAGCCUUUCAACCGUUCUACGAUCCUGAUGCCGCCCAACAGAUGGACGAUCCAUUGCUCUCUCAUCAAUUGGCUCUUAUAUUCAUGGUCUUGGCUAUCGGUAGUUUGAUGGAUUUAAGCAAGCCUGCCUAUAACAUCGAGGCAGAGAAGUAUCAUCAAUUGGCUCGUGCCGCGUUGUUCCAGAGUGCGAUUUUCGAAGAACCAACACUCAGCGCAGUUCAAGCAUUGUACCUUAUGGCCUUUUAUCUUUUCCUCAGUGAGCGACAUGGUACUGGGGUCGGCUCUAGAUGGGCCUUCAUGGGUCUUACGGUAAAAUUGGGAGUUAGCAUGGGUCUUCAUCGUGAUGCAGGACGUUGGAAGGUGGAACCGACUGAAAUCCAACGUCGUCGGGAACUCUUCUGGGAGCUCUAUUCCUACGAUCUUCUUCAGUCCUUUACUCUGGGGCGACCACCCUCGUUCUCGCUGGCCCAUGUAGAUUGCAAGAAGCCUCAGGCAGAGGAUCCUCGUAAUGAACAGACAUUCCACUGGUGGAAGCACAGGUUUAUUUCGGAGUGCAUGAAUACCGUAUACGACCAAGCCUUCGGCGCCAAGAUGCCCACGUAUAGCAUGGUAUUGCAACUCGACCGUAGACUGCGAUCAUAUCCCGUACCACAGCUGCUUCAGAUUGCGGGUUUUGGAGCUACUGAGGGCACCAUGAGCUCCUUUCAGGAUAGCGUUCCCCUGAUUCUGCAGCGGCACACAGUCCUCGCGAUCAGAGAAUCCCAUCUGUUGUACAUGCAUCGGGGCUUCUUUGCCCGUGCGAUCAGUGAUCAUCCGCGAGAUCCCCUGGAUAGUCCUUAUGGUAGUUCGUUCAUUGCGGCCUACCGGAGCGCUGGGUCGCUUGUCGCCUUAGUGCGAAAUAUUCAUUCUCAACUGAAGGAAUUGACUGAGAGGAUGUGGUUCCUAUGGACACAUCUGUUCUCUUGCUCGAUAAUACUCGGAUCGAUCGUCACUCGGUGUCCAUCCAUGAGUUUGGCGCCGUCAGCACUCGCCCAGCUCGAUGGUGCGUGUGACCUGUUUGCAAAGACAGCACACUAUUUCCGUGCAGAGAAAGUACUGGCUAUCAUGCUGAACCUGAGAGAGAAGGCACAUGCAAGUUUGUCUGCAUACCGCAAUACCCCUCCAUCUCGUGCGGGAUCACUCUCUGAACCGACGACACCUGCCAAUGACAAUGAUGAGCUGAAUAUCCUCGGAGGAAGGACACGCUUGGUGGCAUCGAAGGAGAAGUCCAUGUCGCCGCAGAUAAUCGACCGAUCGCCGACCUCACUGAACCCCGUUGUACCGUUACCGCUCAGGGAGGCUGAAGAUCAGCACAUACACCCUUACGUGCUGCAGUAUUUGCGCACAUUCAUUCCCUCGCCCAUGCCAUCCCAGACCGCUGGGCCGUCAAUGUCUCAGCAUUCUCCGCAGGACUUCUCUCAGUCGCCGUACGGGCAGCAAAGCCACGAUCUCCCGCCCAUCAGCACCUCCCUCAUGUCUGAUCCGAAUGGGUAUGCCCCCCAAGCUGGGCCGAGCAUGCUGCAGAUGGAAGGCAUGACGCCAGCAUUUCCUCAGUACUUUCCCGUGUUCGACUACGGGGUUGCGAGCGUUGGAGAAGCGUUCAUGCCUUCCGUGCCGUCUCCAAAUCCUACGGACAGCGAUCUCAGAUCAUGGUCUCCGGAAGCGACCAUGCAGAGCACAUGGCAGGACUUCGUGGCGCAGGUGGGCACCAUCUAA